GGGGCCUGCGGCCGCCCGCGCGCGUCUCACGCCCUCCCCUUUGUGUCACCAUGGCGGCGGCGGCGGCGGCGGCGAGGACUGCGAACCCAUGCUCGAACGCCGCCGGGGUCUGAGGAGGCUACUGCGACCAUGGUGGCCCCAUGCUCCAGGCACAGAGACAGUCAGAUCCCAUCCUGCCUUGGGGAGCUUCAUGGGCUGGCAGGGGACAGACUCUGAGGGCCCGAAGUACUGACAGUCUGGAUGGCCCAGGAGAGGGCUCAGUGCAGCCCAUUCCCCCAGCUGGGGGACCUGGUGCGAAGGGGAAGCCUGGGAAGAGGCUCUCAGCUCCUAGAGGUCCCUUCCCUCGGCUCGCCGACUGUGCCCAUUUCCACUAUGAGAAUGUUGACUUUGGCCACAUUCAGCUCCUGCUGUCUCCAGAACGUGAAAGCCCCAGCCUUUCUGGAGAGAAUGAACUGGUGUUUGGGGUCCAGGUAACCUGUCAGGGCCGCUCCUGGCCAGUUCUCCGGAGUUAUGAUGAUUUCCGUUCCCUGGAUGCCCAUCUUCACCGGUGCAUAUUUGACCGGAGGUUUUCCUGCCUCCCAGAGCUCCCUCCACCCCCGGAGGGCGCCAGGGCUGCCCAGAUGCUGGUGCCACUGCUACUACAGUACCUGGAGACGCUGUCAGGACUGGUGGACAGUAACCUCAACUGUGGGCCCGUGCUCACCUGGAUGGAGCUGGACAACCAUGGAAGACGCCUGCUCCUCAGUGAGGAGGCCUCGCUCAACAUUCCUGCAGUGGCUGCUGCCCACGUGGUCAAACGAUACACGGCCCAGGCACCAGAUGAGCUGUCCUUUGAGGUGGGAGACAUUGUUUCGGUGAUUGACAUGCCACCUACAGAGGACAGGAGCUGGUGGCGGGGCAAGCGGGGCUUCCAGGUCGGUUUCUUCCCCAGUGAGUGUGUGGAGCUUUUUACAGAGAGGCCAGGCCCUGGCCUAAAAGCGGAUGCUGAUGGUCCCCUGUGUGGCAUCCCAGCUCCCCAGGGUAUCUCCUCUCUGACCUCAGCUGUGCCCCGGCCGAGAGGGAAGCUGGCUGGACUCCUUCGCACCUUCAUGCGCUCCCGCCCUUCCCGCCAGCGGCUGCGCCAGCGGGGAAUCCUGAGGCAGAGAGUAUUUGGCUGUGACCUUGGAGAGCACCUCAGCAAUUCAGGCCAAGAUGUGCCCCAGGUGCUGCGCUGCUGCUCUGAGUUUAUCGAGGCCCACGGUGUGGUGGAUGGAAUCUACCGACUCUCAGGGGUGUCCUCCAACAUCCAGAGGCUGCGGCAUGAGUUUGACAGCGAGAGGAUCCCUGAACUGUCUGGCCCUGCCUUCCUGCAGGACAUCCAUAGCGUGUCCUCCCUCUGCAAGCUCUACUUCCGGGAGCUGCCCAACCCCUUGCUUACCUACCAGCUCUAUGGGAAGUUCAGUGAGGCCAUGUCAGUGCCUGGGGAGGAGGAGCGCCUGGUGCGAGUCCACGAUGUCAUCCAGCAGCUGCCCCCACCACACUACAGGACCCUGGAGUACCUGCUGAGGCACCUGGCCCGCAUGGCAAGACACAGCGCCAACACCAGCAUGCAUGCCCGCAACCUGGCCAUAGUCUGGGCACCCAACCUGCUCCGGUCUAUGGAGCUGGAGUCAGUGGGGCUUGGUGGGGCGGCAGCCUUCAGAGAGGUCCGGGUGCAGUCUGUGGUGGUGGAGUUCCUGCUCACCCAUGUGGAGGUCCUGUUUAGUGACACCUUCACCUCUGCUGGCCUAGACUCUGAAGGUCGCUGCCUCCUCCCCAGGCCCAAGUCUCUUGCGGGAAGCAGUCCUUCCACUCGUCUGCUGACACUAGAGGAAGCCCAGGCUCGCACCCAGGGGCGCCUGGGAACACCCACUGAGCCCACAACUCCCAAGACCCCAGCCUCCCCAGUGGAAAGGAGGAAAAGAGAGAGAUGCGAGAAACAACGGAAGCCAGGGGGCAGCAGUUGGAAGACAUUCUUUGCUCUGGGCCGGGGUCCCAGUGUGCCCCGAAAGAAGCCCCUGCCCUGGCUGGGUGGCAGCCGAGCCCCACCUCAGCCUUCAGGCAGCAGACCUGACACUGUCACUCUGAGAUCUGCCAAGAGUGAGGAGUCUCUGUCAUCGCAGGCCAGUGGGGCUGGCCUCCAGCGACUACACCGGUUGCGACGACCCCACUCCAGCAGUGAUGCUUUUCCUGUGGGCCCAGCACCUGCUGGCUCCUGUGAGAGCCUGUCCUCCUCUUCUUCCUCCUCAUCCUCUUCAUCUUCCUCUUCGUCCUCCUCCUCGGAGUCUUCAGCAGCUGGCCUGGGGCCACUCUCUGGAUCCCCCUCUCACCGCACCUCAGCGUGGCUCGAUGAUGGUGAUGAACUGGACUUCAGCCCACCUCGCUGCCUGGAGGGACUCCGAGGACUUGACUUUGAUCCCCUUACCUUUCGCUGCAGCAGCCCCACCCCAGGGGACCCUGCACCCCCUGCCAGUCCAGCACCCCCAGCCCCUGCUUCUGCCUUCCCACCCCGAGCAACCCCACAGACCCUCUCACCCCAUGGACCCACCAACCCUGCUUCACCCACUGCCCUGGACAUCUCAGAGCCCCUGGCUGUAUCGGUGCCACCUGCUGUCCUGGAACUGUUGGGGGCUGGGGGAACACCUGCCUCAGUCACCCCAACACCAGCUUUGAGCCCUAGCCCAGGCCUGCGCCCUCAUCUCAUUCCCCUGUUGCUGCGUGGAGCUGAGGCCCAGCUAAGUGACACCUGCCAGCAGGAGAUCAGCAGCAAGCUGGCACUGCCUGGUCCCCAGGGAGCUCAGGGCCAGCACGGUUCUGGCAUGGACUCACCAUUGUUACCCCCACCCUUGUCCCUCCUGCGCCCUGGUGGGGCCCCACCCCCACCCCCCAAGAACCCAGCACGUCUGAUGGCCCUGGCCCUGGCUGAGCGGGCUCAGCAAGUGGCAGAGCAACAGAGCCAACAGGAGCAGGGGGGAACCCUGCCUGCUCCCCACUCCCCUUUCCGUCGCUCACUGUCCCUGGAGGUGGGCGGGGAGCCAGCGGGGAGUUUAGGGAGUGGGCCACCCCCUCACUCUGUAGCCUAUCCAGGUGCCUGGGCCCCGGGUCCCCCACCCUAUCUCCCAAGGCAACAAAGUGAUGGGAGCCUGGUGAGGAACCAAUGGCCCUUGGGAACCUCAAGGAGGGGUCUCAGAGGCCCUUCCCAGGUUAGCACUCAGCUCAGGGCAGGUGGGGCCUACAGGGAUGCCCCAGAGACAGUGGCCCCAUCCCCAUGUUCGGUCCCUUCACAGGGUCCUACCCCCAGCUUCUUCUCAGCCCCCCGGGAGUGCCUGCCACCCUUCCUUGGGGUCCCUAAGCCAGGCUUGUACUCCCUGGCCCCCCCGCCCUUUCCACCUAACUCCCCAGCCCCAGUCUGGAGGAACUCCCUGGGUCCCACCUCAGGCCUGGACAGGGGGGAGAAUUUGUACUAUGAGAUUGGGGCAGGGGAAGGGACUGCUUACCCUGGCCCCAGCCGGUCCUGGAGUCCCUUCCGCUCUAUGCCUGCUGAUAGGCUCAAUGCCUCAUAUGGCAUGCUUGGUCAGUCACCACCACUCCACAGGUCCCCCGACUUCCUGCUCAGCUACCCACCACACCCCUCCUGCUUUCCUCCUGACCAUCUUAGCCACUCAGCUCCCCAGCACCCUGUCCGGCGCCCUACCCGACCUGAGCCCCUUUAUGUCAACCUAGCUCUCCGGCCCAGGGGACCUUCACCUGCCUCUUCUUCCUCUUCCUCUCCUCCUGCCCACCCCCGAAGCCGUUCAGAUCCUGGACCCCCUGUUCCCCGCCUCCCCCAGAAGCAGCGAGCUCCCUGGGGUCCCCGUACCCCGCAUCGAGUACCUGGACCUUGGAGUUCCCCUGAGCCUCUUCUGCUCUACAGGGCAGCCCCACCAGCCUAUGGGAGGGGAGGCGAGCUCCGAGGAUCUUUAUAUAGAACUGGGGGUCAGAGAGGGGAGGGGGCUGGUCCCCCUCCUCCUUACCCCACACCCAGCUGGUCUCUACACUCUGAGAGCCAGACCAGAAGUUACUGCUGAACUAGGGCCAGGAAGGGCCCCCCACUGGAUCUUGGCCCAAGUCAAUCCCUUGUUUUGUAUUGAGUUCCCUAUCCCAUUCCAGGUUUCUAACUUUGUAACUUGCUUCUGAUGACAGUCCCUAACCAAAAUCAAUGUGCCCAUCCCCUGCCUCCCUCCUGGGGGCCCUUGCACAAAUCUGGAGGAGAGCAAGGCUGACACCCUGACCUUCCUUUCCCUCCAGGAGCCUCCAGACUGUCCUGCCCUGUGCACAGGAGGUGGGGGAACGGCUCCUGUCCACCUCUCCCUAUGUGCCCCACUAAACCACCUGACAACAUUAAUGAAUAAAAAUGGCAAAAAUGUG